UACGCGCCGCCACCGCCGCCGCUCGCCUUGGGGAACUGGAAAGCUGUCAUGGCGAGUUCGGCUGCUUCCUCGGUGCGACCGCCGAGGCCCAAGAAAGAGCCACAAGCGCUCGUCAUCCCCAAGAAUGCGGCAGAAGAGCAGAAGCUCAAGCUGGAGCGGCUCAUGAAGAACCCGGACAAAGCAGUUCCGAUUCCAGAAAAAAUGAGUGAAUGGGCACCCCGGCCUCCCCCAGAAUUUGUUCGAGAUGUAAUGGGUUCCAGCGCUGGGGCUGGCAGUGGAGAGUUCCACGUGUACAGGCAUCUACGCCGGAGAGAGUACCAGCGACAGGACUACAUGGAUGCCAUGGCUGAGAAGCAAAAAUUGGAUGCAGAGUUUCAGAAGAGACUGGAGAGAAAUAAAAUUGCUGCAGAAGAGCAGACAGCAAAGCGCCGAAAAAAGCGCCAGAAGUUAAAAGAGAAGAAAUUAUUGGCAAAGAAGAUGAAACUUGAACAGAAGAAACAAAAAGAAGGAUCUGGUCAGUCCCAGGAGCAGCCAUCCAGUAGCUCCGAGGAAGCGUCUGGAACGGAGGAGGAGGAGGAGGAGGAGCAGCCCAGCUUCAUCUUGGGUCGAUGACAGUGUUUGCUGUAGCAGCUCUCUGCGGCCUAACCCAUGCUGUGACCAGGACCUCAGGAAACUGUCCACACAACCCGAGGGAAAAGGAAUGUGUGUUUCAACUCAGUUUCCCUCCCAACGCUUUGCUGGAGAGAAGCAAGUGGGAUCCCCUCCUGAUCGUUCCCAGCCCCACCUGUCAGCAGGACUCUGAGCCUAUGGGACAGAGAGGACCGUCUGUUGGACACUGUCUCUUGGACACUCAGGGCUGCCAAGCAGAGUUCAUUCAUGUUCCUGCUGAUGGGGAAGAUGUGUAACCUGCUGCCCCUGAUCCCUGUUCUGCUAUUUGGACAGUGAUGAGUUUAGGCUUCUGUGAAAGAAAUGUUUAGUAAAGAGCAGAAACAUCUCAGAUUUUGUUCAGACCUGUGAAAUGUUGUUCAGAAGCUAUAGGGAAGGCUGGGACAUGGUGUGACAGGGAUGGUCCUGUAACAUGGACCUGUUUUCCACGCUGAAGGAAAUGGCCUUGGCUCUGGGGCCAACGGUGCACCGCAGGGUGCUUGACCGCCAUUUCCCUCAGCUGCGGGGCAGACUGUACCCUGUGAUACGUGCUGCCGCCCGGCUGCCCCCUGUCCACAGGUGUGAAUCGGGAAGCCCCACACGUGUGCAAGGGGAGAUGGGGGGCUUAACCAGGGGGCCGAGCCAUAGGAAGGGUGACUUGGAGUGUGAAGAGAGCUUUGAGGAAAACAAGAAAAAUAAGCAGGUUGAGAAUCCAGGCUGGGCUGAACCAGAGCAGAGUAUGGGGAGUCCUGGCCCAACCAGAAGUGGGGGGGGUGGGGGGGGGUGGUAACCAAAAGCUGUGUCUUCAUCCUGCAGAAAAGGGGGGCUAAGUAAAGUGGGAGGUGGCCAGGGGCAGCCUUUCAGGCCAGCGGGAGGGACAGAGAUGGUGUGAAUGAGAGCCUUUGCUCACUUUUUGGAUGAUUUAUCUCCAAUUCCAAGUUUCUAAGUAUAUUUUGUGCCUUUUAUGGAGUUUGAUAGAAUUAAAGAUACAGUGGUUUUGAGUGAAGAGAAACUAAGAAACAUUCUACUUGUUUUUCAUUUCUGCGGUAUGGAUUUCCCGGCCCCGCCCUGAGCCAGGCGACAUCUGUGAUAACUUCUGUCCUUUAAGCAAUUCAAGCCACAGGAAUUUUUCUUUCCCAGGAAGCUGAAAUGGAAAAUCAGCCCUAAUAAAUGGGCACGCCCCGUGGCUG